CCAGUCGCGCACGGAUAUUCAGUGUGACCCACAGUGUUUGUGACCUUAUGACCUCGGCACUGAAUGCUGAAUUUCUCUGCAAAAGGAGCUCAUAUUGUUCUACAGGGAUCGGUUUUCCGCCGCAUUGUUCACAGGUUUGAGGGGAAUUUUCAUCAGGGACUUUUCAGGAUGACUCAUUCUAUCAACUUAAUAACGGGGGUCUAUAUGUGGUUUUAGAAGUUACGAAUUCACGGUUUGUAAUACAGCUCAGUCUAUCCAGUACAGGGUGACAAUGUUUUUCCAUGGCGUGCACAAACUUCAGAUGACUGCCUGGUGAAACUUUGGCAAAAUAAAUUAUUAAAACGAUGCAAGGGCCGAUUACUGGGAAACCUCAUUGAUACCCUUUCUGCUUUCGUUAUCGUGUAUACUAUUGGGCCCUAUAGUAUUGUCCAAUGACAACAUUGGAAAUCCCCGAACACUUUGCGGAUCUGGAUAAAAGGGGAACUAAACGCAGAGUUUCGGCAAAACGCCCAGACGAAGAGAAGAUCUCCGCCCGGUGGCAGUGAGCAGAGCACACUUUGUAUCUCUUUUUGAGUGACCUGGUUCACCGGCGACAUGUCGGGGUUACAUUCUAAGCACGGGUUCAAAGUCGAGGCACUGCGGCCGAAGGCAGGUGGGACGGCCGUCCAGGGCUCCGCCAUCCCGCUGAUUCUGCCGAACGAUCUGAAGUACAAUGCCUCCACCGGCGCAGUCGAGAAGGUGCAGGGCGCCCGACGGGAUACGCUGCAAGUUGUUCCCGAGGCCUUGGCCCUGUUGGAGGGGAUCGAAGAGCCCGUGAGCACACUGGCAAUAUGUGGGCCAUGUCGGAGCGGUAAAAGUUACGUCCUCUCCAGGUUACUGGGCACUGCUGAUGCCUUUGAGCUGGGCCAUCGUAUGGACCCCCAAACGUUUGGUAUCUGGAUGGGCACCAAAGUGCUGCGGGGGAAAGAUUUCACCAUUGUGCUGCUGGACACAGAAGGCAUAGAUGCAGCUGGAGCCAGUGCUGACCAGGAUGCCCGUAUCCUGGUGAUGACCAUCCUGCUGUCCUCCUUACUCAUCUACAACUCACUCAAUGUGCCGUACAAGGGAGACCUGGAGAAGAUGCAGUGUUUCAUUAAGCUGGCUAAAGGGAUCACAGUUAAAAAAGGAGAAAAGACACAGAUGUCAGCAUUUCGUGAGUUCUUCCCAGACUUCCUGUGGCUGUUGCGAGAUGUGUCUCUGAUGAUCACUAACGAGGAUGGUGAAGACAUGGAUCCCUCGGAGUACUUGAAGACCAGGGUCCUUGCACGUAAGGGUGAGGACGACUUUGACGAGUCCACCAGUGACAGAGUAGGACGGGCCAUCCUUACAUUCUUCUCUUCCGUGGAGUGUGCCACCUUGGAGCGACCCUCUGAGAAGAAGGAGGUAAUGAACAACAUUGCACAGCACACGGGCAGCCUCAACCCAGAGUUUAACAAGGGUGUGCACGACCUCAUUGAGAGGCUGCUGAAGAAGUCACGUGCCAAGAGAGGCUAUGACAAGGGCUCAACUGUCAGUGGUGUGGCCCUCAGCAUCAUGACCAAGCAGUACGUACAAGCGGUCAAUGACCCCAAGGCCAUCCCUGCCCUGGACAACACCUGGAAGAACACCAUACAGCUCAUGCGGGGCAAGGCCAUUGACGAGGUGGUUGUAGAGUAUAACCAGCAGAUGAAGGCCCAGGUAGCUGCAGCCACAAAUAAGGGACAGAUUCCCUUGGAAGAUACGGAAAACAAAGGGAAACCCCCCAGCCAGCCUUCUCUCAUGGACCUCCACAACCAGUUGUUCAAGAUCGUCACAGACAUGCUGCUGGAGAAGGUCGGCCAUCUUGGUAUCAGCUCAGGGGAGCUGGGCAAUGAGAACAAGAUUGUGGUGGACCAAAUGCAAAAACGUUUGGUUCAAAGAGAGGAGCGCACACUUGAUUAUGUGGCAGCCGAUGGUACCACCAAGAAGCAGAAGGGAUUUGUUGUUACUGGUGGAGAGCUUUUCCACUACAUCCAAGAAAACAAAGAACUCUCCAAGGUCUUCUGCCAGAAGCUUUUUGAGCGCUUGUUUGACCCAAUUAGGAAGCAUGUAGAGUCACCUCCACCAGACUACGACUUCCAGAAGCUGAUGGGAGAGCUGACCAAUGCACGCCAGCGCUACAGCGAGCAGGCUCGUGGUCCAGAAAAGUGGGUUGUCCUGCAAGAGAUGACCAAAAACUUUGAGAAACUCAAGGCAAACUUUGAGAAGAUCAAGGGAUACCAGAAGAAGCUGAUGCAGGAACAGCAGAAGGCACAGGAGGCAGAGCUCCAGGCCAAGGAGAAGGCCCGAGAGGUGAGGCAGCUGUAUGAGCAGCAGCAAGACAUGCAGCAGGCCCACCAGGAAACUCUGCAGAAAAUGGAGCAGCAGCAUAGAGAGCAGAUGGAGAAGGUACAACAGGAGGAGGCAGAGCGACGUCAGCUGGAGGAACAGAAGUACAGAGACCUGCAGAAUGCACAGAUGGAGCAGUAUGCAACCAUGGCAAGGGAGUUCAAUGAGAAGUCCUCAUCCCAGAUGCAGGACCUGAUUAUGCGGAUGCAGGACCAGCAGGCAGACAUGAACAGGCAGAUGGUGGAUUUGAUGCAGGCCAUCAGGGAUGCACCUCCACCUGUGGUGAAGGUGGAACGUGGUGGUCUGUGUAGCAUUAUGUAAUGUCUUCCUGAUCCCAUGAUGUCUUCUACAGGACAACUACAUGUAGAACCAAGCACUAUGACUAUGGGAAUGUCACACUUGUAUUCAUUAAUGUCUACUAUAUACAAUGUUGCUCCUAUAUGCCAAUAAAUGAACAUAAUGUCCUAAACAUACCAAUACUAACAGCAAGACUAGCACAUUAGAACUCUGUUCUGUCAAUCUAAUAGGUUACCAGUGUAGUAACUAAUGAUGUGUUACUCUGUUACAGCUGUGGUAAAUGUGGAGGGAGGUGGUGGGUGCACCAUCUUGUAAAAGUGAUGUUCCUGCUGUGCUGUCCCAACAAUAACGUUACAUCUAUGGGACGUCUCAUGCUGGACAAGUUUUACUUUUGCCAGUAUCUGUAGCAAUGCUGCAAUAGAGAAACAACAGCAUUCAGCUACCCAUUCAUCUUAAAUCAAAGAUAAGAUACAAUGCAACUUAUAAAAACAGCAAUUGUUGUAGCUGGAUUAAUGUCAUUAGUAAAGAAAUAAAUUCCAAGCUUACUUAGAUUACUUACUGGUACUAAACAAAAAUGUAUAUGCUACAGCUUAGUAGGUUUGUUGUUAACCAUAACAAACUAUGAUGGCUUCUUUAUAGUUAAAUUUGAUGUAAGGCCCUUUGGAGUAUAAUUAUGUACCACUUUGCAGUAUACCCUUCCCAUUUUGUAGACUAAUUGAAAUAUUUCAAUUAGUCUACAAAAUGCUGCAAUGACUGGCUGAAUGUGGAAAGAGUCCUCAAGAUAUGCAGUCAUCAUUAAUAAUUACCUGUUUUUGAUUGCUGUGAUCUUGAUAUAGUGACAAUAAAUAAAUAAAUUGACUGUCUAAUGGUUGGCUGCUGAUUGUUUGUGACUGAUAUGUUGUGUAAUAGAAUACACUGAGAGGUGUCAUAAACAUUUCUUUCAUCAUCUACUUUGUAUAUUUUAAUGAACAAUAUUUCUAAAAAAUACUACACGAACUUACUUGCUACACAUGUAUAUGCCUUUGAAUGACACUAUGAAUAUAAGGUUACUAUGUUAACAAAGGCUGCAUUAACAAACACAACAAAAUUUCAGCAAUACUCCACAACCUUUCCUGCAACAAGUGAAUCUGUUCAUGACGUGAGCCAGGUGCACAGAUUCAGUGUAGCACAGAUAUGUUAGCAUCUUUUGACAACCCGUGAUCAACAUAAAACUCAUUUACGGUAUUCAACUGACCCACGUAUACAUGUUAAAAAGACUUACACAUCACAUUGUUGAUGAUGAAACUGAAUGGAUUUGUCAUCAAGUAGAGAGCAACUUAUCGCCAAUGGUUUCUCUACAAUGUACCCUAUUUUACACAAAACUUCUGGGGGUUAACACAACCCAAAAGAACUUCCAGGUAUUACUUGUAUCCGUGUUUAGAUACCUAGUAUGUCAUGGCAAGCUACAACAGGGAUUUUUUGACCAUGCUUAGAGGUCUUU